GCUGCCCGCUGCCUCCUGGGGACCAUGAAACGCUGCCGCGUGCCCAGCAGCAGCGAGGACUCGGACGCCAAUGGCAGCCUGUCCACGACCUGGUCACAGAGCUCGCGGGCCCCGCACAGGAGAGGCUCCUGCUCUCGGCAUGAGGACCGGAAGCCCUCGGAGGUGUUCCGCACGGACCUCAUCACGGCCAUGAAGCUGCACGACUCCUUCCAGCUGAGCCCCGACGAGUACUACGUGCUGGCCGACCCCUGGCGGCAGGAGUGGGAGAAGGGGGUGCAGGUGCCCGUCAGCCCCGGCACCAUCCCGCAGCCCGUGGCCAGACUGGUGUCGGAAGAGAAGCCCCGGACGACGCUGGCCGAGGCCCCCGCGCUGGCCGACGGCGCCUGCCGCUACGACCUCAACGACGUGGACGCCGCCUGGCUGGAGCUGACCAACGAGGAGUUCCGGGAGAUGGGGAUGCCCGAGCUGGACGAGGGCACCAUGGAGCGGGUGCUGGAGGAGCUGGAGCAGCGCUGCCACGCCAACAUGAGCCGCGCCAUCGAGUCGGAGGAGGGGCUGGGCAUCGAGUACGACGAGGACGUGGUGUGCGACGUCUGCCAGUCCCCGGAGGGCGAGGACGGCAACGAGAUGGUGUUCUGCGACAAGUGCGACAUCUGUGUGCACCAGGCGUGCUACGGGAUCCUCAAGGUGCCCGAGGGCAGCUGGCUGUGCCGCACGUGUGCCCUGGGGGUGCAGCCCCGCUGCCUGCUCUGCCCCAAGAAGGGCGGCGCCAUGAAGCCCACCCGCAGCGGGACCAAGUGGGUGCACGUCAGCUGCGCGCUCUGGAUCCCCGAGGUGAGCAUCGGCAGCCCGGAGAAGAUGGAGCCCAUCACCAAGGUCUCCCACAUCCCCAGCAGCCGCUGGGCGCUGCUCUGCAGCCUGUGUGAGGACAAGGUCGGGGCCGCCAUCCAGUGCUCGGUGAGGAACUGCCGCACGGCCUUCCACGUCACCUGCGCCUUCGACCGAGGCCUGGAGAUGAAGACCAUCCUGGCCGACAACGACGAGGUCAAGUUCAAGUCCUACUGCCCCAAGCACAGCUCCCCGCGGCCCCCGCGCGAGGGGGCCCUGGGCGAGGGCGCGCGGGAGGGCGGGGGCCCCGCCGGCACCCCCUGGAGCCCCGCGCAGCCGCCGGCCGACCCGGGCAGCGCGCGGAAGCAGAAGCUGCAGCAGCUGGAGGACGAGUUCUACACCUUCGUGGACCUGCUGGACGUGGCGCGGGCGCUGCGGCUGCCCGAGGACGUGGUGGACUUCGUGUACCAGUACUGGAAGCUCAAGCGCAAGGUCAACCUCAACCAGCCGCUCCUGGCACCCCGCAAGGACGAGGACGGCGACCUGGGCCAGCAGGAGCAGGAGGCGCUGCUGCGGCGGCUGCAGCUCUUCACACACCUGCGGCAGGACCUGGAGCGGGUGCGGACGCUCACGCACAUGGUGACGCGGCGGGAGAAGAUGAAGCGCUCGCUGUGCCGCCUGCAGGAGCACAUCUUCAGCCUCUACACGGAGCUGCAGGAGCAGGAGCGGGUCGCAGGUGUCCCCGUGCCUCCGUCCUGCCCCGCCCUGGACAGCACGCUCCUGUUUGACAGCCCCGCGGGCCCCGGCACCCCGCGCAUCGAGGACCUCAAGUGGCACUCGGCCUUCUUCCGCAAGCAGAUGGGCACCUCCCUGGCCGGCUCGCUGAAGAAGCCCAAGCGGGGCGGCGCGGCGACGGGGGGCCGCGCCCUGCUGAAGCCGCCGCCGGACCUCUGUGGCCGGAGGGGCGCCCCGCUGGUCCCCGAGAGCCUCCUGAGCUUGGAGAAGACCUUUGCCGAAGCCCGGCUCCUCCUGGCCCCGCCCAAGAACGGAGCGAAGAACGGGGCGGCCCCGCCGGGGCCUGGGGCCAGGCGCGAGCACCGCCUGGGCCUGCACUGUGACCUCAGCCGCGGUGACGCCAGGGCCCGGCCCUGCAGACCCACGCACAAACCUCUCGCCCGCACCGCCGGCUGCCCUGGGCCCCGGAGGGAGGCGGCGCCCCCGGGCCACGGCUCCCUGGCCAAAGCCGGCGCCCCCCAGACCACCGCCAAAGUGCCUACCACCCCCGCCGGCCCCGGCAAGAACUGGGGAGGCUUCCGGAUCCCAAAGAAGGGGGAGCGCCCGGCGCGGGGAGACGCCUGCGCCCCGCACGCGGGCUGCCCCUACCUGGGCCUCGGCCGCCUGCCGCCCAAGGACAGGGCCCGCCCGCUGCAGGCCGACGCCGAGAACGACGGCUACACGCCCGACGUGGAGAUGAGCGACUCGGAGAGCGAGGCCUCCGAGGAGAAGUUUGCGCACGCCGGCGCCCUGGGCCGCAGGACAGACGCCAUCCGCAGGAGCAUCCUGGCCUCCUGAUAGCCCCGGCGGGAAGCACCGAGUUCCAGGGGGCGCAAGGGGCGCCCCUGCCCGCGCUGGUUCCCAAAGCACAGACGCCGGCCAGGCUGGAGGGCCCGCGGGCGCGGAGAGGCCUGGGCACGGGAGCUGAUGUGUAAAUAGAGCCCGUGGGGACGUGGGGCCUGCCGGCCUGCCGGGAGAUUCAGGGUACAGGAGCCGAGUGGGCGGGCCCGGCGGCCGGCAGGGAGCCCUUCCCAGAAAGGCGCCGGCUUCCAACAAGAGAUUCGCAUCAAACGAUGAACUUCCCGGCCCGGGCCGCACAGCAGAGCCGGCCACCAGUCCAUAUCUCCAGGAAUCCGUCCUCUGAAAUGAACGGAUUCCUUCAGAAAAUUGGAAAAGGAAAAAAAAAAGCAAAACAGGUUAUAUAUGGAAAAGCGUAGAGGCAAUAAGGCAAUAAGCCGUGCUGACCUUUCCCUACGACAAGGUCAGACGGGAGCGAGCGAGCGGAGGUGUGUGAUAGGGUCCCCGGCGUCGGAGUUCUCCCUUGGACUUCCCAAUUGCAAGUGGCAAUAACUCGCAAGUUAUCAGCAAUAAUAAAUUCAGCGUGAAAUUUGAGUCCCAUGUUGUCUGGCGCCCGUGGCGGUGUGCUGGCGCGGCACCCCGUGUGGAGGCCCCGUUUCUUUUCUUUGCGAUUCAGUGUCGUCGUGACUCAGAUCCGAGAGGAGAGGGCCGCGGCAGGCGGUGUCCGCUGCCCCUCGGUCACCCCUUGGUCGGUUCGUAGUUCUCAGCUCCCGAGGCCUGUCCACGACUGCGUCCCGGGAGCGUGAUGCAGAGUGCUUUGGGUUCUGUAGUUUACUCUCACGUCUUCCAGAAACGCAGUGAAUUUCAGAGGAUGAGCAGAGAGACCCCGCGCAGCCCCGGUGUGGGGGGACGUUUUCGGACCCAGCCUCCAGUACCCGUGGGCAGCCGGUCCAGGCAUGGAGGAAGGCGGGUCCGGCUCUCGCGGGGCCCGUUUCCGCUGGAGGCUGUCCGGAUCAGCCACUGCGGCGGCCGGCCGGCCGGCCGGGUCCUUAGGAGUCCAGCCGUGCGUUCCCGGCAUCACCACGCACGCGGCUUUGGCGUGCGAGCAGCCGCCUUGGGCUGGUGUCUGCACUGACCUGCCUGGCUGCACGGCUCGGAGCGUGGAACAGGGAGGGGCACUGUGUAAGCCAUAGAAAGAAAACCUAAAUCAGUUCUAGGGAGCGGAUGGCCUCUCCAGAUUCUAGGAGGCCCAGAUUCAUUUGCACUAUUAGGAAUGCCAGUUUUGUGCAAAAACGAUGCCUUACCUGUUCCCCUCCCCCACAUUUAGGUUGAAAAGCUUUCAAAAGUUCCAAGUUAUGCUGAACCAAAAAAAAAACCAAAAUGAAAUUCAAACGCAAGAGGCAAAACACACACCGACAGAAGGCGCCCUCGCCCCCUCGGGAGAUUCCUGCUCGGAGGCGCCAGGGGACGGGGCGGGGAGCAGUGCUUCGGGGCAGGGCGCCCUGGCAGGGCCCGGGGCGGGGCGCACGGCCCGUCGGCCUGGCGGGGUGCCCCGUGCAGCCCCUCAGCUCCGGACCAUCGGUUCUUUGCAUUUCUCUUUUCUUUCCUUUAAAGAAGUUUGAUCUCUCCUUGUGCAUCCUGACCAAGAGAUAUCUUUGAUUAUGAUCAUUGUAUUAUGUCAAAUGUAGGUUAGUUAAACUUUUGUAAAGUUGCCUGGAAUGUCAUUUGUUAGGUUAUCGAACACAAGAUGGAAACAAAGGGUUCUGUGUGUCAUGUACAAAUCCUGAAGUACUUUGCGGCGGACACACGACCGUCCCAUGUGUCCCCUGGACAGAGGAUCUUUCACUGCGUGCCUAGCCUGGUGUCCAUUCAGCCGAAAAUGAAGAGAAAAGGUGCAUGAAGAGUUCCAAACCAGAAUGAAAGCCUAUGUAGAGAUGACUAUUUUAUAUCACAUCGCCCAAUCCUGUAUUUAUUUCUAGACCCCUUUUGGAAAGUAUUUAUAAAACUAGUCGAGGACGCUGUAUUUUUUGGUUGAACUAUUUAGUAGAAUUCGUGCCUUUUUGUCUGUACGUGAAUAAAUGCUGUACAUUUUGCAAUA